GGCUCUAACUGAAUAUAAUGUUGAAGCCAAGACAGAAAAGGUGCAAGCAGAUGCUGCCCAACCUGACCACUCUGAAGAACCGGAGUUACUAGAAGACGUACAAACAGCUGCAAUGAAUGUAGACGUGGGCAUUGAUCAAUUGCUUGAAAAAGAAGCGAUAACAGAAGAUAGCCCAUCAGAAGAAACAGUUACACACAAACCAAACAAGGCAUCAGAGUUUCUCACUCAAUAUACCGAUGCAGAAAUGAAAGACAAGAUGCAAGUAGAUGCCCAAACUGAACAUUUUGGAGAAAACGUGUUAGAAGCUGUACAAACAAAACUAGAUUCAAAGGAGGAUAGCAGUCAGCUGCUUGAAAAGGAAGUAACAAUAGAAGAUACUACAGGUGAAGAAACAGUUACAGACAAACCAGAAGAGGAAACUGAGCCUAUCAUUGAACUUGAUGUUAAGGCAGAAAUGGAAAACCAGAUUCUAGGAGAUGGUGUCCAAAUUGAACAUGCUGAAAUACAAAAUGUGUUAGAAAGCGCACCAACAGAGGAAACAGGGCCUUUCAAUGAAUAUGAUGUAGAGACAGAAAAUAAAAUGACAAAUGCUCCCCAAAACGAACCCACUGAAGAAAUACAAGUGUUAGAAGUUGUUCAAAUAACCACAUUAAAUCUAGAGGAAGUCAGUGGUCAGUUGCUUGAAAAAGAAGUAACAUUAGGUGAUAUUCAAGCACAAGAAACAGUUACAGACAAACCAAAUGAAGAAACACAGCCUCUCACUGAAUGUGAUGUUCAGGAAGAGACUGAAAACAGACUUCAAACAGAUGAUGCCCAAACUGAACAAGUGUUAGAAGCUGCACAAAAAGCCACAUUGGAUUUAGAGGACAACAGUGGUCAACUUGCAAAGCAAGUGAUCUCAGAAGAUUCUGCAGCAGGAGAAUCAAUUACAGACAAAUCAAAGGAGGAAACACUGCCUCUCACUGAAUAUGAUAUCGCUGCUGAGACGGAAAACAAAUUCCAAGAAGAUGCUGCCCAAACAUUGAAUAAUAAAGAACCACAAGUGUUAGAAGCUGCACAAACAGCCACAUUGGAUUUAGAGGACAACAGUGGUCAACUCCUUGCAAAGCAAGUGAUCUCAGAAGAUUCUGCAGCAGGAGAAUCAAUUACAGACGAAUCAAAGGAGGACACACAGCCUCUCACUGAAUAUGAUAUCGCUGCUGAGACAAGAAACAAAUUCCAAGAAGAUGCAGCCCAAACAUUGAAUAAUAAAGAACCACAAGUGGUAGAAGCUGCACAAACAGCCACAUUGGAUUUAGAGGACAACAGUGGUCAACUCCUUGCAAAGCAAGUGAUCUCAGAAGAUUCUGCAGCAGGAGAAUCAAUUACAGACGAAUCAAAGGAGGACACACAGCCUCUCACUGAAUAUGAUAUCGCUGCUGAGACAGGAAACAAAUUCCAAGAAGAUGCAGCCCAAACAUUGCAUACUAAAGAACCACAAGUGUUAGAAGCUGCACAAACAGCCAAAUUAAAUUUAGAGAAGGAUGGCGGUGGUCAGUUGCUCAGAGAGAAAGUAACAUCAGAAGAUAUUCAAGCACAAGAAACAGUUACAAACAAACCAAAAGAGCAAACACAGCCUCUUACUGAACAUGAUGUUGAGGAAGGGACUGAAAACAGACUUCAAACACACGCUGCCCAAACUACACAAGUUGGAAAACCAGAAGUUGUACAAACAGCCACAUUAGAUUUUGAGGACAGUGGUCAAUUGCUUCCAAAGGAAGUGAUCUCAGAAGAUAUUCCAGCAGAAGAAACAGUGAAAACAGAGCCUCUCACUGAAUAUAAUGUUGCAGCUGAAGCAGAAAACAAACUCCAAACAGAUACUGCACAAAUGGAACAUACUGGAGAACCAGAGGUAUUAGAAGCUGUAGAAACAGACACAUUAGUUGUCGAAGAAGGUAACCUUCAAACAUCUAAUGAAUCAGAAGUACCACAGGCCAUUCCUGCAGCAGAAAUGUUUGACACAGACCAGGCAACAGAGAACCUAAGUGAAGUAAGUUCCAAGCCAGAUGACAAAGACCUGAAAAGAGAUGCUCCAAAUAUUGACCAAGUUGCAGAAAUUAUAGGAGCUGUUAGUGUUCAAUCCCUCAGAAAAGAAUUUUUAGCACAAAACACUGAGGCUGUUAUUGAUGAAGCCAAAGAAGAAACAGAGCCACUGACUGAAGGUAGUGAACUCGCUGUUGCUAUUGAAUCUGAACAUGUUCAGGACCAUGCGGUAGCGGAGGAUGUCAUUUUAGCACAAUCAGCAGAAGAUGUUACUGGACAUACUCAACAACCAGAAGUGUCACCAUCAAAUGUAAAUGACACUGAAACCAGUACAGAAACUGAGGUAGAAUCAUCUAUGGCUGCGCAAGCAGUCACUGAAAGUGCUGAGGGAGGUAGUGCAAAUGUUUUAAAGGUAAAUGAAGAUCAGAAAACAGAGAGUACAACACACAAUGCUCAGGUUAGUCAGGAAGAUCACGUUCAUGAAGUUGUCGAUGAGGUGCAAACAGUAACAGCAGUUUGUGUAUCCUCUGUUGAUGAUGAGGCAAGCUGUGUUCAGGUGAGAGAAAAACCUGUAUUUUCCAAAGUAUCUCCAGCAGCUUUGCUGGAGAAUGCUAAAUUUACACAUGAAAGGGCGCACGCGCAGCACCUUGGCACAGUGCAAUGCAAUAUUGAAGAAGAAGAAAAGGGCGUCAUUCCAGGUUUUGAGUUUAAGCAUGCUGCAGUCGAGCAUGCUAUCAUCGCACAAGUGACCACCUGUCAUCUAAAAGAUGUUGCAGCAGCAAUACCUGAUGUGUUGAUAGAGACAAAAUCAGAUUGCCGUGAACCCUUGAUAGAGUCUGUGGUAAGUCAGCUAGACUGUAAAGAGACAACGGAGACUGCAACACCCUUAGUGAAAAAGUAUGUGACUGUGACAGAAGAAGACAGCAGUGUGGUCUUGAUGAAUGUACCACUGGUAGAAUUUAGGGACAACUGCCAAAUUCAAGUGCAGGUGGUAAAUGUUGACAUCAAAUCAGCGGAAAAGACUGUUGACACCGCAUUAGAGGUAGGGAUAACAGAGGCGAAAGAAGUUAUUGAUGUUUGCCAGGAAUCAGUGGAAGAAAUUGACCAGUCAGAAUCAGUCAUAUUAGAACAAGAAGUUAUAAAACAGACAGACACUGUGAUAGAGACAUGUAAGACAGCUGAAACUGAGUUAAGUGAAGUGGAAGAUCAAAAUGUUGUUGAGGAUACUACUGUCGGGGAAAGCCAGGAGGAUGUGACUGCUGUCGCAAGUGAUGAAUCUGCAGCUGAAGAGCAAAUGUUCAAGGACCUUGUGCAAACAUCCGAUAUUCCAGGAGAGGUAGACCUUGACAAAGAGGAGGAACCUAAAACUGAAGUGGAAAUGCCUAAAGUGGAUGUCACAACUGAAGAGGUCAGAUUGUUAUCAGAUUUGAAAAAAAUAAAUGAAGAAACAAAAAUUACACAGAUUACCGAGAGUCAGAUUGUAACACCUAACGCUGGAUUAGUAGUCCCCCAAAACACGGGAAUAAUCUCCUCAAUAGGCAAUGUGGAGUCCCCAUCAAGCCUUUCACUGGAAUUCAAACUUAACAUACAGUUCGGGCGAGUGAAGGAACCAGCUUCUCCUCCACCUACAACAGAGAGAACUGAACCGAUGAAAAAAACAGAAGUGUCUGAGGUUGGCGUUCAAGCAGUGGAGCCCGAAGAACAACCUGAAAAGAAACAGAAAAUGACUGAGUUGGUAGACGGCACAGUUCAGGGAACAGAAAUCGCAGAAACAGAAGCAGCUAAUGUGGAGCAAACAGAAAUGUCCACGAUCACAAAUCAACCACAGCUAAUUGAUGUCAGCAUGCAAGCGGUAAAAACUGAUGAACCUGCAGAACAAUUAAAACCCACAGAGAGAGGAACCGCUAAUGUCCAAGUGAAAGAAACAACAGAAACAAUUAUAAAGAACGAGAAAAGAGAAGUGUCCCUGAGUCCUGCAGGACCUGCUGAAGUUUGUGAGCAAGAGACAAAAGCAGAGGAAGCUGACCAGGACGUAUGGAUGGAUGCUGAAGAAGGUGUAGACAACCUAGAGGAAACGGAGAAGUCCCUUCAUGAGACAGAUGAACCUCCAGAGCAUCAGCAGGAGAGCAACCAGGAGGAAAUGUCUGUACCAGAACCUGACUUUGACAGGACUGCCACUUCCAUGGUCAAGGAAGAAGAAAAUCAACAAACACUCGAACAAAGAGGAACCUUUGAAAUCGAGAGUGAGGGCGAAGAUUUUGCUGUCGCACUCGAAGAUUCAGCAACUGCAAUGGCAAGCACCGCUAUAAUGGAGUGGGAUUGAGUAUGUGUAACUUCAGUGUUACUAAUCGGUUGGACUGGCAGAAGCAAGAGAACGACAGGAAAGAGCAAAUGUUUUUCCUUUAUUUUUGAUCGUCAGAGCAAAGGGAGAGACGGGGUGUUUGGGGGGGUGACGUCCAGCAAACAUUUCAGGCUGAUUUCAAACCCACCAAGGCAAAGACUCUGCCUUAAUGUUAUGUGCUUAUUUAAGCAAGCUACUGGCGCAGCCCAUCGAUCAUUACCCAGCUAUUAUUUAACAUGCUCAAACACAAAUAUUCCUGUAUCCAUUUAGUUUGCUGCAUAGCAAAAAUGUCAGUACUAACCAUGACAGUUCUUUUCAGUUACUCAUAUUGAAGAUAAUGUAUAUGUCUACAAGAAUAAGGCAGUAUUUUUCUAUUAACAACUUGUCAUUAUUAUGGUUACAUGCUACAAGAACAUUUUGCAAAAGUAUCAAAACCAUUAUUCAGGAUGUAAGUGGCAUCACAUAAAGGACACACUCAUUUCUCUUGAAUUAGUAAAUUAGUAUAUGUAGAUAUUUCACAUCUUUCACUUUGUAUUGUAGUUCACUAUUUUGCUUUAAAUACAUAAUUCAUGACCUAUGCAAAUCUAUGCAGCAUCACCUUAUACAUGACGAGUGUUUUAACGCUAAUACAGCCCACGAGGUGCUCACUUUGAUUCUUGUUGACAAGUCUAAGUUGGAAAGAAAAUGACAGGAGCAUGUUAGUUUAAAAAAAAUAAAUAAUAAUUUUUGGAACACACUGUAUUUGACUUACAUAUGCAUUUGUCAUUAUUUUAACUGUAAUCAGCAAAGCCUUAAUGUUUAACAAUCAUGGCAGAUUUACUCGUCAGAUUUUAUUUCCCCAGUUUAAACUGUGGGUGACAGAAUAACUAAAGCUGUUGUUGCGAAAGGUUGUUUGUGGCUAAAACAAUAUGUGUCGACUGUGUUUAUAUAUCUAUAGGUGUAUUAAUAUAUUAUAUUUGAAUAAAUUCAUACAUGUAAAUUUCAA